AGAAAUGCUGAACCUUGAUGGCUUGAAAUAAAUAAAGUUUGUGUUUACAAUUUCUUACUAAAAAUCCAUCUUAAUUUAUUAGUUUUCAAGUGAAACUGAGCUAGUUGUGUUUUAAAUUCUUGUUAUUCAUGUUUUGUUUUCAUAUUGUGGAUUGACUACUUUCAUGAUAGUGGAUUGUGUAAAUGUAAAGUAAUACAAAUUUGAAACUAGUGCCUAACCUAAUCACGCGCAAAGUGUUAGUACCUAUUCUGUGGUGUUAGUGUGUUAUUGAACUUGAAAAUGAAUUAUUCAGUGAGUUAUUUUUUGGAGUUCAAAUAUUAUGUAGGUUUUUACGUCAGUAGUUGAUAAUAGGAUCUGAAUAUCUUGAAUUUGAUUACAGUAUCUCUCUGAAAAUUAAACUUGAUAGUAUUUUAACCUACCUGUCGGCUACUUUGAACUUAGUUAUCAUGUCUAAAAAAGUAACUUAUUUCUAUGACCCGGAUGUUGGUAACUUUCAUUACGGGCCUGGUCAUCCUAUGAAACCUCAUAGAUUAGCUGUAAUAAAUAGUCUUGUGCUUAGUUAUGGACUACAUAAGAAAAUGCAAAUCUAUAGACCUUAUCGCGCCAGCACUCAUGAUAUGUGCAGAUUUCAUUCCGACGACUACAUAGAAUUUCUGCAAAGAGUCAGCCCUCAUAAUAUACAAAGCUUUACUAAGUUUCUUACUACAUACAAUGUAGGUGAUGAUUGUCCUGUUUUUGAAGGACUGUUCGAUUUUUGCUCAAUGUAUACCGGUGCAUCACUUGAUGGGGCGAUGAGGCUGAAUAACAACUCUUGCGAUAUUGCAAUCAACUGGUCUGGAGGCUUACAUCAUGCAAAAAAGUUUGAAGCUUCAGGAUUCUGUUACGUGAAUGAUAUAGUUAUUGCUAUUUUAGAACUACUCAAAUAUCAUGCUAGAGUUCUGUACAUAGACAUUGACGUUCAUCAUGGAGAUGGUGUUCAGGAGGCGUUUUACUUGACAGACAGAGUUAUGACUGUAUCUUUUCACAAGUAUGGUAACUACUUUUUCCCUGGAACUGGUGAUAUCAAUGAAAUCGGCGCCGAAAGUGGCAAAUUCUACACUGUUAAUGUUCCAUUGAAAGAGGGUAUUGACGAUCCAAGCUAUUUCCAGGUAUUCAAGCCUGUGAUUCAGGAUAUAAUGGACUUUUUCCAGCCCUCAGCAAUCGUUCUACAAUGUGGUGCGGAUUCUUUGGAUAAUGACCGACUGGGUUGUUUUAGUUUGAGUACAAGAGGACAUGGGGAUUGUGUAAAAUUUGUUAAGGAUUUAAAUGUGCCGCUUUUGGUGGUCGGUGGAGGGGGUUAUACCCUGCGAAAUGUGGCGAGAUGUUGGACUUAUGAAACGUCACUCUUGGUUGAUGAGCAGAUCAGUGAAGAAUUGCCGUACACCAAGUAUCUAGAGUACUUUUCUUCUGAGCUGACACUACAUCCAGCAGUUAUCAACAGACAUAUGAACGCGAACAGUAAACAGUAUUUAGAAACGGUGGUGAAGCAGGUGCAUGAUAACCUGAAGAUGUUGCAUAAUUCUCCGAGUGUGAUGAUGCAUGAUGUGCCGGGAGACGCGAUUCGGUCCGAGGAGGCCGCUCUUCUGGACGAUUUGGACCCGGAUGUUAGGUGUCCGCAAAUGGAGGAAGACAAUCGAAUCGAACCACCCAAUGAGUUCUAUGAUGGCGACAAAGACCACGAUUCAGGCAUUGACAAUAUUCUCCCCUAAUUCAUUCAAAAGGAGCUCCGCCCCAUCAA